UCAGCUGUGAAGGGAAAAAUAAAACAUCACCAUUACUCAUGGCAAACAGCGAGCGGCGUUGAUCCCGUCAACCGACAGCAUGCCCCGCUUCGCGCUUUUUGCUGGCAGGUGAACCCCACAUCUUGCUUAGGAAUCAGGCUUUUGCAAUUAACCCCCGAUAAGAAAGUCUUCGGCGACUGAGGGGGCAAAGGCGCAUAUCUUCGCUAGAGCUUUUGAGCGUCGCGGCGAUUCUCUGCUAUAAACCUCAUACGCCAAUGCGCUAAAGAAAGGGCUGACAUCUUCUCCUCGUCAUUCCCAGCCAGGAUUACCUCGGUGACCUUACGCUGCUUUGUGUUCAUAAAGGAGGGCUGCUCGUUUGUUUCCGCAAGAGAUUGGGCUAUUGGAGCGCGUCCGAUCUGGUGGACAUUCUGAUGCAAUGGGGUUACUUCAACUAGGCACCGCACUAGAAUGGCCCGAGGCGAAGAAGAAUGCCGACAAGGUCCGAAAAUGGGGGAUCGAGCAACUUCUCGCGAUAUGGAAUCGGGCAAAAGGAAAAGAACGGGAUGCGCUUCUCUGGGGAGACGAAGUGGAAUAUCUCGUUGUAGCACUCGAUGAUGACAAGCACAAAGUACGAUUAUCGCUCCGCCAGGCGGAGAUUCUCAAAUCCCUAGCACGCAACGAGGCUUUGUGGAGGGUCGGAGGAAACGUUCCCAGCAUGAGCUCUAAACGUGACGAUGAAGAUCUACCAACAUUUCAUCCAGAAUUUGGGAGGUUUAUGCUGGAAGCAACUCCAGGGCAACCGUGGGGAAUAGACUUUAGAGAUUUGUUGAAGGUAGAAUCCAAUAUGCGUUGGAGACGUGAAAUCGCUAAAAGCCACAUGGCUGCCAAUGAAUAUCCAAUCACCCUCACCACGUUCCCCCGACUAGGAACUAAGGACGACUACAUUCAGCCUUACUAUCCUCCAUCAGGUCCAGCCUUACGGUCUCAGUUCGUCCCAGAUGAAAUUGCCAAUCCUCACAUUAGGUUUCCAACGCUCGCAGCUAAUAUUAGAUCAAGACGCGGACGCAAGGUUGAAAUAAAUGUACCGAUAUUUAGAGACAAGAAAACCUCAUGGCCUUUCCAUGAUCCAACGGUGAACUAUGAUCUGCAUAACUGGCCAGAAGAUGACGACGUCAGGAAUGGAGCUGCUAAGGAAGGCCAUGUCUAUAUGGAUGCCAUGGCCUUUGGCAUGGGCAGUUGUUGUCUACAAAUAACAUUCCAAUCGAAAAAUAUUACCGAAGGCAGGAAGUUAUACGAUCAGCUGAGUCCGCUGGGCCCGAUUCUCUUAGCGCUAACAGCUGCGACGCCAAUAUAUAAAGGAUUCUUGGUAGACACCGAUGUUCGUUGGAAUCAAAUCAGUCGGGCUGUCGAUUGCCGAACACGUGAAGAACUCGGUGAAGUGCCUCUCAAGAAUGAUCGAUGGCGAAUUCCCAAAUCCCGAUAUGCAUCCAAUUCAACAUAUAUAUCCCAAGACCCGCGCCUGCGAAAGGAGUAUUUAGAUCCUGAUCUUGUUGUUGAUGAAGAACUCAAAGCGAGGUUGAUAGAAGGUGGCAUGGACGAUCUGUUGGCAACACAUUUUGCACAUCUUUUUAUUCGAGACCCCAUCGUGAUUUUCUCCGAAGAUCUAAAGGAAUUAGAUCUCAAAGAGGUAAAUCACUUUGAGAACUUGCAGUCAACUAACUGGCAGCACAUGCGAUUCAAGCCCCCGCCACCUGAUAAGGAUAUUGGCUGGAGAGUGGAGUUUCGGUCAAUGGAGAUUCAGAUGACAGAUUUUGAAAAUGCUGCUUUCAGCAUCUUCAUUGUGCUCGUUACAAGAGCUAUCCUCAGCUUUGACUUGAACUUUUACAUCCCAAUACCGCGAACUACAGAAAAUAUGGAAACAGCGCAUGCUCGCAAUGCGGUAUUGGACAAGAAAUUCUAUUUCCGCAAAAAUCCAUUCCCCUCUCGAGCGUCUCGACAACAUCAGCCGUAUCAUCAGACUAAUGGAACCGGGCCAGCCUCUGCGGGCUCGUCUACUCCUGCCAGCGCCCCCCCUUCUCCUCCAUUAGGGCCUGUUGAAUCCGAGUAUGCGCUGAUGAGCAUAUCGGACAUUAUCAACGGCUCUGCGGAUGGCACCUUUCCAGGGCUUAUUCCAUUGGUCGAGUCAUAUCUGAACAGUGUAAAUGUCGAUGUCGAGACUCGAUGCUCACUAGCACGCUAUCUGGAUUUGAUCAGGAAACGAGCCAAUGGCACUCUUUGGACUGGAGCUAAAUGGAUCCGCGAUUUUGUGGCAAAUCAUCCUGAUUAUCACAGCGAUAGCGUUGUGUCCGAAAAGAUAUCUUAUGAUCUUAUCAGAGCUGUUCAUGAAAUGUCUGAGAAGGAGGGAAUGAAUGAGACCGUGGGUUGGCAGAUGCUGACGGGAAAGAAGACUUAGACUUGAUUAGAUGAUUAUAAUUAUACCUCCGCAUCGCUCUUCGAAAUGAAGAGACUGGUGUUUCAUAUAGCCAUGAUAUUUUGUUUAUUUUGACAUAUAGAUAUUCGACUAUAUCUAAGCUCUACCGUCUAGGUACUUCAACAUCUAUAUUUAAGGUAACGAAUUCUUUACAUCGUCUAUGCAUUAGUUCUAAAGUCGAAUCUCCGAUAGACCAUUGUCUGAUCGCGCUCCGGCUGGUAUACCGAGUAUCUCCGGACCGUGGCUAAUCAACUAAUUGAUGUCUGUGGACGACGAUUAUCAAACAAAAUAUUAAACUAGAGAACUUAGUCUCGUACCCAUCAGAUGCAACUUUCUAUUUUCG